GUUCCAAUUGCAUGCUUCAGCCUGAAUGUGCUUAAGGUAGUCAUAGGAGGCAUGGCUUUUCACUCCAGCUUGUCUAUAAGUGCUCACACAUGGUUUAUCUAUUUGUUCACUGUUCUCACCCCCCACUUGGUCCUUAUCGCCCGUCCAUGAGGUUCGCCCUCUGCCUUGACUUUCUUUCAAGCUUGAUGUUUUGGCUAGUGCCUUGAACUUGUCAUUAACAAUCCAAGACUUAUACAAGAAAGGAACUUGUUUAAAAUGAGUGGUUUCGAGCGGGGCUUUCAAGAUGCACCGGCUUAUAUGCGAGAGUGUGAGCAGUCGCCUCGGGGCUCUUCGCGGAAGAGCAGACAGAAACCGCAGUCUUCCCAAGAAAAGGAGGGUUCAGAAGCCUCUUCAUCGGAGCUGGUGUCAGAGUCAGACAAACCCAGCGAGGACCAACCCAGCGAGGAAAUCACAAAGCCCGCAACACCAGAGUCAGAGUCAGACAAGGAUAGUUCAAACAGAGCCAGCUCGGAAAUCCGAAAGUCCACAACACCAGAGCCAAAGUCAGGAGCAUCUCGAAUGGAAAACUCUCAGAGCCCACAACCGAAGGCCCAGCCAAAAGAAACUCGGGAAGAACUCCUACAGGGCCCACGGAUGGUUGCAGUGGAGAUUCAUCCUCCCCCAGAGUCAAAUCUAGAGGAAUAUGAAUUUCUCCCGGGGCACUUUGAUGUUAACUAUAUAAUCGAUGAGACCGAGGAGUUGGAACCAGAGCCUUUCUAUCGAGUCAAACUCCGGAGCGGGGAAGUUCAAAAGGUCUCUUCGUCGCACCUCAAAACGCUCAACAACGGUCAGGAAGCUUUAAGACACUUUCAAAACUUUGGUCCGACUCAUGAGUCGUCGUCCACGGCGCCUUCAAUUUCUACGGGAAACUCAUCAAACGAGGACGAGGCAGGUUUCAACGAUUCCAAUUUCGGCUUCAAUCCCCGUGGUAAUACCGGGAAACGUCGCUCGGGGCGAGCGAAAAAUCUUCGGUUUACGGACUUCUUCGCAGGAGGCAGUGAAGACGAGGCGGCGAGCUCUUCUAGUGACGACAUCAUUUCGUAUUCCAAGUCAACGUCGAGAAAACGUCAGUUGAGGCGCGGUCGACCACGUGGAGCUUCAACGACGUCAGACAUGGAUAGCGAUUUUGCUCCCCAGGGAACACGAUUCUCGACUCGACACCGGACUACCAUUCGCAGCAAUCUGCGCGAACGGUACGAGGAUGAUAUCUCCGAGAACGAAAGCGCGGCCAGGUCACAGAAGUUCUAUGGUGCAAAAGAAGUCUUCCGUAAAGUCCCAUCGAGCGAUCCAUUUCGCCACCGACAUCGAGACUUUUGUGAUGUGUGCAAAAUUGCUGGUGAUGAUUCUGUAAAGGGUGUCCUCGUUUUCUGUCAAGGUUGUACGUUCGCGUAUCAUCAACUCUGUCUGGGCCCGCGGGCUACUCGCGAACACCUUGUUACCAAAGUCGGCGACGGCGAAUUCGUUCUUCAGUGCCGACGCUGUCUCGGACUGGCCCAUGCAAAAGAUUCGAUGGCCCCACACCAGGGCUAUUGUCAAGUGUGCCACGAAAAAGGUGCCAUGUCUGAGCCACUGCGUGAGCGUUUAACACCCAAGCAAGAGCAGCAACUCCGCCUAGAGAACGAUGGCAAGGAUCUUAUAACAAAGAUCGAUCCAGCUCGAAUAAACAACCUUGAGUGUAUCCUUUCCCGGUGUGCCGUUUGCUACAGGGCGUUUCACUUCAAUCAUUUGUCUGUGGAGCCCGACGAAAACUGGCAGUGCCAUGACUGUUCUUCAGCCCCCGGGGAAGUUGCUGGUUUGGUUGCCUGGAGGCCAGCAGCCGCGAAAUACCCGGCCGGUUUCACAGCGGACACUGUGAACGAAGUGGACAAGGAGUAUCUCGUCAGAUGGAAAGAAAUGUCAUAUUUACACACUACCUGGAUGCCUGGGAGCUGGGUUUGGGGUACCAUCAGCCACACCAUGCGACGGGCAUUUCUCAGAAAUCCCAAGAACUUCACUCCACAUAUGACCGCUGAGGAGGCUAUUCCGGAGGACUUUUACCGUGUUGAUAUUGUCUUUGAUGUGAAAUAUGCAGAAGACCUGGAUGAUGGUAGUCUGGAUGAUCCGGCGCAAGAGGCGGACAUUGCCAGGAUAGAUAAGGUGGUCAAGGCAUAUGUGAAGUUUAAGGGUUUAACAUAUGAGGAAUCUGUUUGGGAAGCCCCGCCUGACCCCAGCAAUACUGAACGAUGGAAGGAUUUCAAGACUGCAUACGAAGAUUGGGUGAAAAAGGACUACGUCCACCUUCCCGAUCAGCGCUCCCUCGCGAAACAUCUCGCCCAUGUCAGAAAGCAGAAUUUCAAGUCAAGUGUGGUCCGAAACUCCCAGCCAGAGAUCAUGACUGGCGGGAAAAUUAUGGACUAUCAACAAGACGGAAUGAAUUGGCUUUACUACAUGUGGUUCAAGCAGCAGAAUGCCAUUUUAGCUGACGAAAUGGGAUUGGGGAAAACCAUACAGGUCAUUGGACUUUUUGCAUCCUUGAUCCAAGACCAUAAAUGCUGGCCCUUCCUUGUUGUUGUACCUAACUCCACAUGUCCGAACUGGCGGAAGGAGAUCAAGACAUGGGUCCCCUCGAUCAGGGUGGUCACGUAUUACGGAUCUGCACAAGCACGAAAAUUGGCCCAGCAGCAUGAGUUAUUUGCUGACGGUGACUCUGGUCUCAGAUGCCACGUCGUGGUCACUUCUUAUGAAACCAUGGUCGAUGAUUCCUCACGACGAGUCUUGUCAAAAGUCCCCUGGGCUGGACUUGUAGUUGACGAGGGACAACGUUUGAAAAAUGACAAGAGUCAAAUUUAUGAAGCUCUAUCAAAAAUCAAGUGCCCUUUCAAAGUCCUUCUCACUGGGACACCGUUACAAAAUAACGUGAGAGAAAUUUUCAACCUUCUCCAAUUCUGUGACCCAACCCAACAUGCGGAGGCCUUAGAAGAGGAGUAUGGAACUUUGUCCAAGGAGAAUAUCCCGGAGCUUCAUAACUUGAUUCGACCAUAUUUUCUGCGCCGAACCAAAGCCCAGGUGCUCACUUUCCUUCCGCCAAUAGUCCAGAUUAUCCUUCCGGUGUCGAUGACCGUGGUCCAAAAGAAGCUGUACAAAUCCAUCCUUGCAAAGAAUCCGCAGUUGAUCAAAGCGAUUUUCCAACGAAACGACAGCGCUCAAACAUUGAAACAGGCAGAAAAACAUAAUUUGAAUAACAUCCUGAUGCAGCUACGGAAAUGUCUGUGUCAUCCUUUUGUAUACAGCGAAGCGAUUGAAGAGCGUACAAGCAAUGCGGCUGCUUCUCACAGACAACUCGUUGAUGCAGCUGGCAAACUACAGCUGCUGGAAUUGAUGCUCCCCAAACUCCAGCGCCGCGGUCACAGAGUCCUCAUUUUCAGCCAAUUCCUGGAUAACUUGGAUAUCAUUGAAGAUUUUCUUGAUGGUCUCGGACUCUUACAUUGCCGGCUGGAUGGAAGAAUGUCGUCGCUGGAAAAACAGAAGCAGAUUGAUAAUUACAACGCCGAGGACUCACCAUACUUUGCGUUCCUUCUGUCCACCAGAUCCGGUGGCGUCGGUAUCAACCUGGCCAGUGCGGAUACCGUCAUCAUCAUGGACCCAGACUUUAACCCUCACCAGGAUAUGCAGGCCCUGUCCCGUGCGCACCGCAUCGGUCAAAAGAAUAAGGUCCUUGUUUUCCAACUUAUGACCCGAAACAGUGCGGAAGAGAAAAUCAUGCAGAUUGGAAAAAAGAAGAUGGUGCUAGACCAUGUUUUAAUCGAUCGCAUGGUCUCGGAGGAAGAUGAUGGGCAGGAUUUGGAAUCUAUUCUCCGCCACGGCGCACAGGCAUUAUUCAACGACGACGAUUCGGGUGAUGUUCGUUAUGAUUCGGAAUCUGUCGACAAGCUCCUUGACCGUAGUCAAGCCGAGCAAGCCAAGUCACUUGACGAAAAUCCUGCCGAAUCUCAUUUCAGCUUUGCUCACGUCUGGGCGAACGACAAUCAUAAUUUGAACGAUGAUAUCGCUGAUACCGACGAUAGCGCUCCGCUGGGAGCGACUGUCUGGGAAAAGAUAUUGCAAGAGCGCGAGCAGGCGGCUGCAGACGAGGCCCGAAAGAAGGCAGAGACUCUUGGACGCGGAAAACGGAAGAGGACUACUGUCGAUUACUCCGCCCAUGAGGAAUUAUCGCCCGUGAAAAGGCCGCGGGAUCGCGAAGCCGAGAGUGAUGUGGAAUUCAAAGAUGCCGUGGCAGAGUCAGAAUCGGAUUCUGAACCCGGUCUGGCACCCGAUUCCGAUGAAGUCGUCAGGGAAGCCAAGAAGCCCAAAGUACGAGCCUUCGAGCGCAUCAACCUCCCGACCAGCGCGGUACCUGCAUUAGACGGCCAACUGGAGAAUAUCCCCCCCUGUUUGGCCUGCAACCAGAGCCAUCCUCUUGGUCAUUGCCGUUUGAAACUGGCUGGCGUUGAGCACUGCGGACUUUGUGGACUGGCGCAUUUUGGACACGGGCGAACGUGUCCCCACUUCAAAUCGGAAACUAUGGUUGCCAAGAUGCUUGACACAUUGAAGCACAGUGACGAAGACCCGGAACUUGUCCAUUUGGCGAGGAAGUAUCUGAGUGGCAUCCGAGGGGACCUUGCACAGCGUAAGAGAAAGUUGGCUGGUAGGGCUGCAGUCGGUCUCACGAAUCAAAGCACACCCGGUGCAAUGGCCCCCACUCCUCACCGCGUGCCUACAGGGUCGCCAUUUAUCGAUAUGACCGGAUCCCCGGGCAUUGGAAAUACAGGUUCGUCAGUUGGGUCCGCAUCACUUUCCAGUGGGCAACUCCAACAGGCUUUCGGGGACCGUCUUAACCACAACAUUCCCAACCCCGGACACCCCGCUCCUUGGGCACCUUAAGAUGGUGAAGAGCGGGCGAGAGCGCAAUAACAAGCCCAAUGUUAAUGGAGAAAGCCACGGCAUUGGGUACAAUACCCCACUCAUUUUCAGCGAUACCACAUGCACCCUUUAUUGCUCUUGGCGAGAUGAAGUUAUUAUUUCUUUGGCGUAAGGCACGUGGGCUAGACUGGCCAUAGAUCAGUUACUGGCGGCUGUACAUAUUACAUACAUCAUUAAUGAAAAUAAAC